AUGCCGCCAUUCUUGAAAAUAUAUGAUGGUACAACGGACCCGGAGGAUCAUGUGACCCACUAUGUUACUGCAGUGAAAGGCAAUGACCUUGCAAAAGAACAAGUAUCUUCCAUAUUGCUGAAGAAGUUUGGAGAAACCCUAACCGGCGGGGCCCUGACUUGGUACUCGCAAUUACCUGCGCGCUCCAUAGAAAUGUUUGAGGAAAUGACCGACAAGUUUGUCACCGCCCAUGCCGGAGCCAAGAAAGCGGAGGCAAGGGUCAACGACAUAUUCGCCAUUAAACAAUCACCUGGUGAAGGACUCAGGGACUUCCUCGCCCGGUUCAACCAUGUAAGAAUGACCCUUGCGAAUGUAUCUGAAGGAAUGGUGGUGGCCGCUUUCCAGAAUGGGCUAAGCAAAAGUGGGUCACGGGCAACCAAAAAGUUGCUAAGCCGACUCAUGAAAUACCCUCCAACCACUUGGGACGAGAUACACAAUGCCUACUAUGCCGAGGAACGGGGUCACAAGACCAACGACUGCAUCGCCCUUAGACAAGAGGUCAUGAACAUGCUUCACCAAGGGCACCUAAAAGGGUUGAUGAGCGAUCGAGCGAGGGACAACUUCGCCCGAGGGCGAGAACAGCAUCAGGGGCCGCCCAAACCACCUUCCCUGGUUCGGACCAUUCAAAUGAUCAUCGGAGGAGGCGAUGACGCAUCCAUCAAUAGUGUGAAGUUUACCCCCACUCAGAAGCUCAAGCGGUCAAUCACCCACGAAUGGUAUGACGAACUCAAAGAAAGUAUCAUCUUUGAUAAGUCGGAUACCCACAGUUUGGUCUUUCCUCACUAUGACGCCCUUGUCAUUACUUUACCUGUUCUUGAUACUGAUGUAAGACGUAUCAUGGUCGAUGAUGGAAGCGGCGCGUGCAUUAUCCAUCCUCGAGUUCUCACCCAAAUAAAGCUCGAGGACAAGAUAGUGCCAUGUUGCAUCACACUAACAGGUUUUAACAAUGAAGCUGAGCGGACAUCUGGAGAAUUUCGCUGCCCAUCUUGGCCGGCAGCAUUGGCCAAGUGGGCCAUAGAGCUGAGCGAGCACGAUAUAACCUAUCAGUUGCAAACUGCGAUAAUGUCGCAAGUUCUUGCCAACUUCGCCGCCGACUACAGUGAGAAGUUAAUGUCCGAGGUCGAAAGGGAAACCGCCAUUUCCUCCACCAAAGUACACGACCAAUGGGUUUUGUACACCGAUGAUGCUUCUAACGCAUCAGGAUCUGGACUGGGACUCGUACUCGAAGUCCCAGCAGGCGAAAUGGUUGCCCAAUCCAUACGAUGCCCUGAUAUGACUAACAACGAGGCCGAGUAUGAGGCCGUGAUUGCAGGGUUAAACUAA